ACACAAGGUUUGAAAGCAGGACAUUCGGAACAAUUAACUUGAACCGGCAUGGCGUUUGUAAAACGUUUCUUAUAUUUGAUCGUUCCUCUCUCGGUUGGACUGUAUUUUGUUAGAGAGUAUUUUCAAGGAUGUAAGUACACCGGUAAUGAAAGACUCGAUGAUAAAGUUGUACUUAUAACCGGUGCAAAUACCGGUAUUGGUAAGGAAACGGCUAAGAAUAUGGCUUUACGAGGUAUGCUAUAAACUCACUCGCUCUCAUUCUCUUAUUCUCUUUAUUUUUCUUAUUAAAAAUAAUUACUAUAUACAACGAAUAUUUUUCUAUUUAAAAAAAAAUCUAGGUGCUCGUGUUUACAUGGCAUGCCGAAAUCUUAAUAAAGCCAAUGCUGCUAGAGACGAUCUACUCAAUAUUACUGGAUUGCCGGCAGAUAAAAUUAAAGUUAUGCAAAUGGAUCUAUCAUCGUUUAGAUCGAUUAGAAAUUUCGUUACGGAAUUUCAUAAAGUGGAGGAGAAAUUACAUAUAUUAAUUAAUAAUGCUGGAAUUAUGUUUACACCUUUCCUUAAGACUGAAGACGGAUUCGAAAUGCAGGUUGGAGUGAAUCAUCUAGGCCAUUUUCUACUUACAAACUUGCUGAUUGAUAAAUUGAAAACUUCCGCACCAUCACGUGUCGUUACAGUAUCUUCCCUUGCGCAUAUGUCUGGAACUGUUGAAUUUGAUAACUUUAGAGGAGAGAAGGGCUAUUCUCGUAUAAACUCGUAUGGAAAUAGUAAAUUAAUGAAUAUUCUCUUUGCAAAAGAAUUGGGUAGAAGAUUAGAGGGAACCGGCGUAACGUCAUAUAGUUUACAUCCUGGUGGCAUUGUAACUGAUCUGCAAAGAGAAGUUUUAAAUCCGUUCUUCGUUAAAGUUGUUCAUGUGCUAGGCUACGUGUUUUGGAAAACUAUUGAAAGAGGUGCUCAAACUACAAUUUAUUGCGCUGUGAAUGAUAAUGCGGGCAAGGAAACGGGCUUAUAUUACAGCGAUUGCGCAGUUAAAACUCCAUUUGGAGUAGAUUCAGAAACUGCUAAAAAAUUAUGGGAAGUUAGUCUCUCCUUAACUGGUUUAAAACAGUAAAAAGGAGAAGAUGUGAAGAUAGUAAAAGUGAUGUGGACAUAUAUAGAGGAAAGAAGGAUAGAUAAAUAUAUAUACUUAAACUGUCAUGAUACACUAAUAUAUUUAACAAAAUACACACUUUUGUAUAAAUUCUAUCUUAAUUAACGACAAAAUCAAUAAAAUGAAAUUGAUAAAAUUAGAAAUAUUCCUUUAUAAUCUUUCUCUUUUCUUUUCUUUUCUUUUCCUUCUUCUCUCCUUUCUUUUCCAUAUAUUUUUCCUUUUUGAUUAAAUCUUAAAGAUAAAAUAUGACAUGAUAAACGAAAAACGUUUUACCUACUUAUUAUAAAUCAUAAAUGAGAAAGAAAACUUUUUUAACUUGGGAAUUGUUACAGACAUACAGUCUAUAUAUAUAUGU